AUGCAGGCUUUGAAAGGAGAUUAUAAGGACUUUGUAAAUGUCAAAUUGCAAAAACAUAACCCUCCAGAGUUUCGUCCAUCAAUGAGAGAGAUUGUUCGAUUUCUUGAAGGAGCUAAGCUUGAAAAGAAUUUAUGGAUUGAGAAGAUUGAUAAACAAAUGCGACGCAGUACUAUAAAUAAAGAAACUUCAUCGAGUGGCAUUGAGAGGCUUCAAAUUCACAAGCCGAUGAUAUUUACUUAUCAACAACUACCAAUGGCGACUGAAGGUUUCUCCAAAAAUAAUCUUCUUGGCAAGGGUAGUUUGGAUCAAGUUUUUAAGGGAUACCUAAAUCAUGAAACAGUGACAGUCAAGAAAUUUUUGCCUCGAAAGCAAGAAGAUGCGUUCGAGAAAAUGAAAGCCAUUUGCAUUAGCGUCCAUCACAACAAUCUUGUUAAGCUGAUUGGAUACUGCAAUGAAGGAGGCAAUAAACUACUUGUUUUUGAGUUCGUUCCAGAGGACAAAUCCUUAAGAUCUCAUUUACAUGGUAUGGCCUUUAUCUUAAGUUAUUAA